ACGUGGCCUUGAAACUGCAUGGGGUAGGACUCUUCUAUUUUAUUUCUUUAUCCAAUGAAAAUGGAGUUAUGUUCAGGGCAUCUUAGCACUUAUUCAAAAUCCAUUCUAACUUAAGUUAAAGUGUGAGGUGACUGCUUUUUCUUAUUUUUCUUUUGUUUGUUUUUACUGUUCUUUUUAAAAGCUGUUCUGUUCCUUCACUCUGUUCAAAUUGGUUUGUAACUUUGUGGCCAUCAAUCCUCCUACCAUGAGAAAUGGGUGUUGACAUAUUUUGGGGUGUUUUCUAACUUCUCUGAGUAGUGUCUGUGCGUUUUCUCCCCACAAUCAAAGGAAAGGGCAUUCUUCAAGUGUGUGUACAAAAAGAUAAUAGCUGGUAUCAGAGUGAAAGAAAGAUUUUAAUUAAAACUCUCACUCCUUAGGAUAAGGUUAGCCUGUGAGCUGCCUCCAUCUCAUAAGAAGAUAAAGGGCACACACUGCAUAGAAAACACAUGUUGUUGUCAAAUAAAACUGGCUAACCUGUCAGAUGAGUCAUGCCCAUUCAGGAAACAACCUUAAAAUAACAUACUGGAAGUGAUAUCAUGGUGAUAAAAUAGUAUCUAGUCAAAGAUAAGAUAGCAAUGCAGUAACCUCCCAUCUGGUGGCACAAAAAGUUACAUAGCAGGACAACCAGGUCUCCAUUUCAGUUGGAUACAACCUCAAACAAAGAACAAUACACAGUAAAACGUAGCAUUAUGUAUUCAAGCCACCUUUAAGGACAACAACGUUAAGUAAUCUUUUUGUUUUGUUUUUUAAUUCUCUUGGUCUCUAACAUCAUUGUGGAGGUAUUCUUUGUCCCCUGCAUGUUCUCUUUAAUGUUGCUACUAUUUCCUCUCACAAUCCCAUCACAUGAUUUCAAACAGAGCAUGGUCUGGACUUUCCUGGACCAUUUCAAAGCUUUGAAACUUCUGUUUUUCAGGCAUUCCGUUGUAGAUUUGUUGCUUCAGCUAAGCUUUAAAUGGCCUGAGAUUCAACUUUCUGCACUUUGACUUAGUUUUGUUGAAAUAUGAUAUGAUGGAAAAUGAUUUUUAUGAUGUGCUGACAGAUUCAAACAGCAUCUAAAAGGAUGUGCAGUUUUCACAUGUUGGAGUUCUGCUGAAGUCCCGCACAUUGUUUCUGCUUCAGAAGAUACUUUAUGUGCUGUGAGAUUUGCUGACUCGAUGUUCUUCACUGCUUUCAGCUCCUGUUUCCACAUCCCUGCUUCACACCUUUACCUGCCAGAAUGUAUCAUUCAUAUCAUCUGUGAAGUCAGGUGGAUUUGUUUCCAUGAAUCUGAGCGCGUUUCUGAGUCACACCACUGAUAGCUGAACUGUAAAUGGAAAGUGGCUGCUUUACCGCAGCUGAAACACUUUGAGGAGGGAAGUGCAGCGUGUACAGGAGAAGGGCUGUUUGCUUGGUGCAAUGCUGCUGUGCAAUGUUUGCAGAGGGGGAAUCGCUGGGGAUAAAAGGGGGAGGCAGUAUGUUCUAUCAGCGCUUCAUGCAUAAGCAGUAGACAUUACUCAAGAAUUAAGUCUCAGCCGUGUUGCUCACCACGAAAAUAAAUCAGGGAGUAUUCUUCUGUGUUUUAAUGAACAAAGAGCUGUGCGGGAACUUGCUCCUUAUUGCAAAUUGGCUGAAAAACCUGCCUAAACUCAAAGCAUGAAAAAUGUAUCUGCUAUAAUGACACCAAUUAUAAAGUCGAGUUAUUUACAAAAACAUUGCAGGGACUUACAGUAAUUAUGCGACACACCACAGCCAAUGGUAUUACAGAUUGCUGUGUUGAAAAAGAGCAUCAUUCAGAGUAAUAAUCACUUUCUACUUGUGGGCUUAACUGUACUUUUCAAGUAGAUUAGUUCAUAUUAGCAAGUUUCUGACACCAAACAAUGUCCAUGAAGUUCGUCCAUGCCCUGGCUCACUCAUUCUUUUAACUUUCUUACAGUCACUUUGACCCGAUCAUAGUAUGUGACACUCUUUGUUUCACAGUUUUUAUUAGCCAGGAAUAGGCGAGUGUGCAACCUUCUUGGAAAGGAAGUAAAUCUAGGUUAUCAUGACCCAAUAUGAAGUACCACUUUGGUUUCUGUAAAGUGCCAAAGGGAGGCAAAGACAAUUUAUCCCAGUUUUUAUCUGAUGUUUCCCCCAAAAUCAUUGCUAAGCCUGCUAUAACAUUGUCAGUCUUUAUACUUGUGUCCCUCCUCUAAAUAAGAGGGGAAGACUUCUUUCUUUGAAGGGGGUUAAUCUCUUAAUCUAACAAUCUUUCCAGUUUGGUCCCUUUAUCUUUCUAAAAAGAAACUGUCAGCAUUAUCUCAAGCAUGCUGAUCAAAGCUUUUGAUCCUCUAUAUUAGCAGAUUGAAUUAAAUCCAUUUGUAACCUCUCCCUGUGUUUAAAUGUACUACAGAAUCUUUAAAGAAAAAGAAAAUAAUAUUACCACCCAUCUGCCUGCCCAUCCACACAUCCAUUUUUUUAUCAAGACAGGCUAUAUAAACUUAUCGAUGACUGCAAAGCGGAAUUUGGAAUUUUGGGUUGUAGAGCAAAGAUUCCCAUGCAUGUAACUUAGUCACAAGAUUGAGACAUAUUGUAAUGUGAAGUCUGAUAAAGCAAAAAUGUUUUCCAAUAAAGCUAAAUUUGCAGCUCUCACAGUGAUAAAAAGAGCUGUUCUUAACACUUGAUCCCAGAUGUUGGAGGUGCUACUUUUGACAUGUGCCAUUGAUUGCAACUCCAAAAUGACUUCAUCUAACUGAUUUGACUAUUUACAAAAUACAUCAGAGAGUUGUAAAGCUUAAUGUGUGACGUGUUGAAAAUCGGGCAUUCCCACCCUGCUGUAGAGGAUCAGCUCUGCAUAAGCUGGUAGAAAAAGUAAAUAAAAAAAACACCUUGUACCAGCAUGUACCACUGAGAGCAUGUGGGUGAGGCUGAUCUUUGCCAAGUUUUACACUGAGUGUCUUUUUCUCCGUCAGGAUUUAGAGCGCUCACACACUCACUCACCUGUCUUGCAUGAUAUGCUUGGGUUGUGAUAAAACCUCUGACAGACACAAUUUUAUUACAGAAUUUAUACAUAAGCCUUUUGCUUUAGACUGGAAUUGCAAUGGCUUCAAGGAAGGAAAGCUGUGGGCUUGACAAUCUUGCAUUUGAUCAUUACCUGACAGCAUUCGGUGGAAUAAUCUCCAUCCCCCUUAUUCUCGCGGAGGGGCUGUGUCUUCAGCAUGACAGCCUGACCCAGAGUCGACUCAUAAACACAAUUUUCUUUGUUUCUGGCAUCUGCACCAUUCUCCAGGUUACUUUUGGCGUAAGGCUUCCUAUCCUACAGGGGGGUACUUUUGCCCUGGUUACUCCAGUCAUGGCUAUGCUGUCCACGCCAGAGUGGAAGUGCCCUGCUUGGACCCAGAAUGCCAGUCUGGUCAACACCUCUUCACCCGUAUUCAUAGAAGUGUGGCAGACGCGCAUGAGAACACUGCAGGGCUCCAUCAUGGUGGCCUCUCUCCUCCAGAUUCUGGUCGGCUUCUCUGGCCUUAUUGGCUUCCUCAUGCGCUUCAUUGGCCCCUUGACCAUUGCCCCCACUGUCUCUCUCAUAGGCCUAUCACUGUAUGACUCAGCUGGAGAUAGAGCUGGAUCGCACUGGGGCAUCUCUGCUAUGACUGCAGCGCUGAUCAUCCUUUUCUCUCAGUACCUUCGUCUUCUACCACUACCGGUUCCUGUGUAUAGCAAAUCCAAGAAACUUCACACCUCAAACUUCUUUAUCUUCCAGACAAUGCCAAUUCUGCUGGGCAUCGCAGUCUCAUGGCUAGUCUGCUACCUCCUCACCAUCUAUGAUGUCCUACCAUCGGACUCAGUCCAGUACGGCUACUUGGCCCGUACUGAUGUAAAGGGAAAUGUUGUUGGCGAGGCAUCCUGGUUCACAAUCCCCUACCCUGGUCAGUGGGGUGUUCCAGAUGUGAGCCUGGCAGCUGUAGUUGGUAUUCUGGCUGGAAUAAUAUGCUCCAUGGCAGAAUCCGUGGGUGACUAUCAUGCAUGUGCCAGGCUUUCAGGGGCUCCUCCCCCACCAAGGCACGCCAUCAGCCGGGGCAUAGGUGUGGAAGGUCUUGGCUCUUUGUUGGCAGGAGCAUUUGGCACAGGCAAUGGCACUACCUCCUUCAGUGAGAAUGUGGCAGCUCUUGGUAUCACCAAAGUAGGGAGUCGAACAGUAAUUCUCCUGAGUGGAGUUUUGAUGCUCUUGAUGGGCAUACUGGGCAAGAUUGGAGCCAUCUUUUCAACUAUCCCCAUGCCUGUAAUUGGAGGGAUGUUCCUAAUCAUGUUUGGGGUCAUAUCUGCUGCAGGGAUUUCUAAUUUGCAGUUCACAGAUAUGAAUUCUUCUCGGAACAUCUUUGUGUUCGGUUUCUCCAUGUUUUUGGCACUUGUCAUUCCAAACUGGAUCAUGAAGAAUCCUGAUUUUCUUAAAACAAAUAUCAUAGAGCUGGACCAAGUUUUGCGCAUAUUGUGGACCACUCAUAUGUUUGUGGGAGGGUUCUUCGGCUUCUUACUGGAUAACACGAUUCCUGGGACUAAAAAGGAACGUGGCCUCCUUGGCUGGGAUGAAGUACACUCUGAAUAUUCUGAUAACACCGUGGUGUCUGCAGAUGUGUAUGACCUCCCUUUUGGAAUAACUUCUUGCCUCCAGUCUCAGUCUUGGGUUCGUUAUAUUCCUUUCUGCCCAUGGAAGGGUGAAAGACCUCAGCAUAGGUCAGAAGACAACAACAAGCCCCAGAAUCAGGGGAUUGAGUGCAGCACACGGGUUUGAACUUGGAAAAAUGUGCUUUGUGAACAGAUAUUUCUUUGGACUCUGGCUUGAAUACUGGUUCAUG